AUGGGGUGCAUUUGCUCAAAAUAUUCGUCAAGCAGAGAAAGAGUUGAAGAAUGUGGAAAAGAAAGUGAAUGGAAUAAAUCUUCAGUGCAAUUAGUUGCUCCUACACAAAUAAAUGGGGUUGGAAUAGCCAUUACAAUGGAUGGUGGUAAUAUUAUGCCACAUUUGUCAAAGGCGUCAUCGCAAGUGUUUCAAAGAGUAGAAGAGAAAAGCAAUCAGUCAGAUGAUAGCAACAAAAGCCAACAUCAAAGAAGUAAGACAAUAAGUUCUGGUGUUGGUGAAAGAAAGCCAAUAAUGAGUAGAAUACUCAGUGUGCAAAAUUUUUCAGGAGAACAAUAUGUUGAUUCUGGAUGGCCAAUAUGGUUGUCCUCAGUUGCAGCUGAGGCUAUCAAAGGUUGGGUUCCUAGAAGGGCUGACACUUUUGAAAAAUUAGACCAAAUUGGGCAAGGGGCUUAUAGUAGUGUGCAUAAAGCUAUUGAUCGUGAAACUGGUAAAUAUGUUGCGUUAAAGAAAGUUAGGUUUUCAAGUGGAGAUGUUGAAAGUGUUCGUUUUAUGGCAAGGGAAAUAUAUAUUAUGCGUCAACUUGAUCAUCCUAAUAUCCUCAAACUUGAAGGUAUUGUCACAUCUAGAACUUCAACUAGUUUGUACCUUGUUUUUGAAUACAUGGAGCAUGACCUUGCUGGAUUAGCAGCUAGACCUGGUAUCAAGUUUACUGAACCACAGAUAAAAUGCUACAUGAAGCAACUACUAAGUGGGCUAGAACAUUGUCAUAGCAAGGGUGUGUUGCACCGUGACAUCAAGGGUUCUAAUCUUCUACUUGACAAUAAUGGAAAUCUUAAAAUUGGAGAUUUUGGUCUAGCAACAGUUUAUGAACCUAAUAGCAAAGUUCCAUUGACAAGUCGUGUUGUAACUCUUUGGUAUAGAGCCCCUGAGCUUUUACUAGGUGCUACAGACUAUGGUGUGGGAAUCGACAUGUGGAGCGUCGGUUGCAUUCUUGCAGAAUUGUUUGUGGGCAAGCCUAUCAUGCCUGGAAGAACGGAGGUGGAACAAAUGCACAAAAUUUUUAAGCUUUGUGGUUCGCCAUCUGAAGAAUAUUGGCAAAGAACAAAACUUCCAUAUGCAACAAGUUUUAAACCGCAAAACUCUUACCAACGACAAAUCGCAAAAACAUUUAACAAUUUUCCUUCCACUGGAUUGGCCCUUGUAGAUAGACUUCUCUCAAUGGAACCAGAACACCGAGGAUCUGCAACUUCCGCACUUAAGAGUGAGUUCUUCAUUACAAAUCCUCUACCUUGUGAUCCUUCAAGCUUACCAAAGCUUCCGCCAAGCAAAGAGUUUGAUGCCAAGCGCCGUGAUAAAGAAUCAAUAAGAAAAAAUAAUGAAGCUAUUAAAGAACGUGGACCGGGAAGUGUUUUAAGAGGAACAGGAAAUACCAAAGCAUUGAAAACACCAGACUAUAAUGGUCGGGGAGAUAUAUCAUUCCAGAGCAAAUCAAAUACUAAAAUGUCUGGUAUUAAAUAUGAAUCCCAAGAAGACGACGAAUCUAAUAACAAGUGUGAACCAAGUAGAGCAUCCAUGCAUAAUGGAUAUACAACAUUUACGCACAGUACAACAGGACCAUCGUCGUUAUCGAAUAAGAGACAAGAACCAUAUAAGAAAUAUAUUUCGGAUUUAAGAACACAAAGGUCAAAUGUGAAUCAAGCAGCAAUAGAUUUCUCUAUUUCUAUUAAAAAGGAACAAGGCAUGUCAGGUCGAGAAUCAGGAAUGCCUAAGAAAAAUAGAAUCCAUUGUUCUGGACCAUUGAUGGCUACAGGGGGAAACAUUGAUGACAUGCUUAGAGAACAUGAGAGGUUAAUGCAAGAUGUUUUUCGUAGUGUUAAGAAAGCUAAUCCGUAA